GGGGCGGGCAGUCCGGCCGUAGCGGGUCAUGGAGGAUCGCCCGGCGGGUCGUGGGCUGGCGCGCGAGGGGUCGGAGGAGGAGGAGGCCGAGCUCCAGGGAGCUGCCUGGAGCGGGGACAGCGGCAACGUGUCCCAGAGCCACAGCAGCGCGUCGGGGCCGUGGGAGGACGAGGGCUCAGAGCUGGGCGCGCCGGGCCGCGAUCUGCCGCUGCUGCGCCGCGCCGCCGCGGGCUACGCCGCCUGCCUGCUGCCGGGAGCCGGGGCGCGGCCCGAGGUCGAGGCCCUGGACGCCAGCCUGGAGGACCUGCUCACCAGAGUGGACGAGUUCGUGGGCAUGCUGGACAUGCUGCGCGGCGACUCCUCCCACGUCGUCAGCGAGGGUGUGCCUCGCAUUUACGCGAAGGCCACCGAGAUGCGGCAGGUCUACAGCAAGAUCGACCGGCUCGAGGCCUUCGUGGGGAUGAUCGGCGCCAGCGUGGCCAGGAUGGAGGAGCAGGUGGCCAGGGCGGAGGCCGAGCUGGGCGCUUUCCCCAGCGCCUUCAGGAAACUGCUGCACACGAUCAGCGUGCCCUCCUUCUUCAACAAGGCGCCCUCCGGCAGGCCGCCGCAGAGCGGCUAUGAGCCGCCCGUCCUGUUCCGGACCGAAGACCACUUUCCCUGUUGCAGCGAGAGACCCCAGGUCUGAGUCCGCCGGCCGGCUCCGCGAGGGGACGCCGUCUGAGAUUACCCCGGGUGCUGAGUCAGCUGGAAGUCCGCUGUAGACAUCCACGGUGUUGGGAGUAUGGCGUAUUUAUCUUUUGCACACUUUUGUUUCACUGUUUGCAUGACUUCACGUAAGGAUGUAUGGUUUUCUGUGUCUUCCCAUGCUAAACUGAGGGCUGCAUGGUGGGGGGCGUCGGGGAAGCCAAAUGAAUGAGUUUAUCUGUGCGCUGUGGCAAAACUGGUUUUUAUAGGUUUUACAGCUCAACCAAUAGUAUUACCUUUUCCAGGUUUCUAUAUUUUAUACUCUUAAGAAGAACUGCUGAAAUGUUCACGUCUUGUUAUUAUUCGAUCCUAAUAGCGAUUCCAUUUUCUGUAGCUUUUAGGGUAGAUAGGGUAAGUUAUUUCAGGUUAUAUUAAACUUUGCACAUCAUGGGUUGUAAACCGAAGGAAAUCAUACAAUUUCUGAGAAGAUGUAUUGAUUUAUUGCAACUAGUUCUGAAGUUGUAUUUGAAAGUAGGCCCUCCGAAUCUUAAUUUGUCCACAGCAAACAUGUCUAUAUGUGGUUGCUAACAUCUGGUUUAUAAUUUAAAUAUUAAUAAAAAUUUCAAAUUUUAUUGGAAAA